GGAGGGAGGGGGAGACGCCGUAUGCUUGUAUACAACCCUGAUUUCCAUUUUUUUCCCCAAGUCGUAAUGUAUUUAAUUCAAGCGCAACGUAAUCAUGACGUGUCGUGUCAUUAAUCUCCUCGCCGCCUCGCGCGUGAUUGAAGGAGGAGUCGUGCCCUCCACAGUCCAGACACUGGAUAAUGGCAUAACACCGCACACACUGCUGAGGAUGGAUUCCCCGCCAGAUUGCAUCUUGUCCCUUUCCUGUGAGCAACCCCUGUCUCCUCCCACACUAGAGCCUAGCCCCAAGGGGCUCCAAAGCCCACAUCCGUCUCCUCAAAGUCCAGAUACAGUGCCGUACUCCCCUCUCUCUCCGUUGGUCAUUCCUGCGGCGGCUCACCACCCCCAAGAGAAUGAUGAGUUAGAAGAGCAGGAUGGUGACGCACCGCCAUCGCCCACUCCGGCCGUGGCAUUAUUUCUAGGAGAAGCAGGACACAGUCCAUUUUUGGACUCCUCUCCGCCAGCCACACCGUCAGCACCACUCCUCGGGUUCGGAGCCUUAGAGUUGGCUUUGUCUUCAGGCCAGAGCGGAACCUGCAAUGAUGAACUGGACCUUCAGCUUUUCCAGAAGAAUGCCAUCACCAGGGCAGCACCCGGAGUUGGAGGUUCCUCAUCUGUACCUUCGCUCAAGUUCCCUUGUCACGUGUGUGGGAAAAGAUUCCGAUUCCAAAGCAUUUUGUCUCUACACGCCCGAGCUCACAGCCUGGACAGGCAUCGUCGGGCCUCGCCACAUUAUAGCAGCAUGCUCCCCUCAGCGCCCCUAAAACAGCACCUAAAGGUCCAACAGUGCAAAAAAAACAUAACCCCGAAUCACAGAAAAGACUCCAACCAGUGCAUGCUGACUGCGAAUGUCAUUCAUCAGCCAGAGGAAGAGGAGGUUGAUGGCGAAGUCAAAGGAUUGGAAGAGGACCUUCAAUUUGAACAAAAUCAACCCUUCCUGCUGGAUGACAGCACAGACCCUCCUUCUGUGACCACAUCGACUCCAGCAGCACCUACGUUCCGUUGCCAUGCCUGCAAAGGAAAAUUCAGGACGAAUUCAGAGUUGGCACGCCAUGUAAGGAUUCUCCACAAUCCCUACAAAUGCACGAUGUGUCCUUUCUCCGCCAGUCAGGAAGCUUCCCUCGCAUCCCACCUGCAAGAGUGCCACCUUUCCUCUGAAGGACCUGCUCUGCCGCCAGCAUUUUCCAACGGCAGGCCUGUCAGUGCACCCUCAGAGACUCUUUCAGCCCAAACCUCGGCUUCGACUCAGGUGACAUCACCUGCUAAAGUGUCAGGAUCAUCCUCACUGCCUGCAUUCCGUUGUGAAACUUGUGGACAAAGGUUCACCCAGUCUUGGUUUCUUAAGGGACACAUGCGGAAGCACAAGGACUCCUUGGACCAUAAGUGCCAGGUUUGUGGCCGUGGCUUCAAGGAGCCAUGGUUCCUGAAGAAUCACAUGAAAGUACACCUCAACAAGCUCGGUCUCAAAGCUGGCUUGGGAAACAUUGACCAACAGUCUAAAAGCUCUGCCAGUAAUCCGUCCCUGAAUGCCCUCUACUCCAGCCUCCUUUUGGCUCAGCAAGGGCGUGGCAGGGCUGGCCAAGGUAGACCAGAUAAGGAGACCAGAGGCAAAAUGUGUUCAAGCAAGUCAGCCAUUUUGGGCUACCUCGGCCUUCCUGGAGACGGCAGCGGAGCCAGCUGCAUGGAGAGACUCCAGGCUGUCGCCCAAGUUGCAGAGAUGGGAAACAGUGUUGGUGAUAUCAGCUCAGAAGGAAGAGAGACAGGAGGAAAUAGAGGCAUAAGUGAUGCCACAGUAUCUGAAGGAAGGGAGCAGGCCGCCUGGUGGCAACUAGUGGCUCGCAGCCUGGCUGUGGCGCAGCACCACCAGCAUCAACGAGUCAAUCAGAGAAACAAGUCAAUGACAGCAGAAAGUGACCCAGUCAGAACCUAUGUUGACACUGUGGAUCCCAGAGAAGCGUCUGGAGCAGCAGAGGGCUCAUGGGAAUGCCCCGACUGCGGAAAGGUCUUCCACAGCCUACAGCAGGUUGUCGUCCAUGCUCGUGUUCAUACUCAGAAAGCCCAGAGAGAAGGUGAUGUGCAGAGCAGUGGCAGCUCCAGAGGUAGAGGAGGCCCUGGUGAAGUGCGGCAGGAUCCUCAACUUCUCAGCAGUGGAGACGGGAGGCAAGAAUCCAAGGGAGCAUCUGCGGGUUUUCCUUCAGUCAUGCCAGCCUUGAAAGGAGAGAACGGCGCGGCAACCUUCCUUGCAUCGCUUCCCACCAGAGAGCGUGUGCGAGGCAGAGGGAUUAAAGAUUGCCCCUACUGCGGUAAAGCCUUCCGCUCAUCCCAUCACCUCAAAGUGCACCUGAGAGUUCACACAGGUGAGAGACCCUACAAAUGCCCCCACUGCGACUACGCUGGUACCCAGUCUGGCUCGCUCAAGUAUCACCUUCAGCGGCACCACAGGGAGCAGCGUAGCAUGUCGGCAGGCUCCUCCAGUACUGCCGCCAUCAACGGUCUGCCCUCUGCUAAGCAGCGCCGCUCUCAACUCAAUCACAGCCCCUCUGGCGGCGCUCCAGCUGACAGUCCUACCUUGAGGCCGACCCAACAGUCUUGGCUGCUCGGUAUUCCAGACCAGCAGGACCACCGUAAGGCCUUGGCAGCUCUAAGGGAUGUCGACCUGGAGACGCAGUACCGCUAUCUGUCAGGAGUGAUGGGGGCGCUUUACCAAGGUGGUAUGGAAGGAGCUUGGAUCAGGGAGUCCCCUCCUCCAAAAGCCCAGAAGAUAUCCCGCAGGAAGCCCCUUACCACCAACCGUAUGGUGCAACCAUCCAGCGACAAACAAGCAUCUUCAAGUCAAGGUGGUUUUGAACCUCUAGAUCUGUCCCGCCGUCCCUCACCAAGCCUCGGAGGGGUGGAAGAAGAGGGAGUCUUUCAAGAGGAAAGCUGUGGUGACCGCGUUACACUAAACCAGUGUUCCGAAUGUCCAUUUCGGACAUCCUCCUCUGAGCUCAUGAAUAUGCACCUGCAGGUCAACCACACCAGUAAAUCCAGACGCAAGAGAGGCUCUGUAUCCUCCUUCGACGAUGAUGGCACUUCUAAAGUGAUCAAAUCCCGCCCCUAUCCCACUGAGCUCGACUCCCUUAGGAUUUGGAGACAUGGGGAAGGGUCCUCUACCCAGACCAGAACCCCCAAUGAGCUCGCUCCUGAUGAUUAUAAUGAUGAUGAUGAUUGCCAAGAGUCCAAUUGGGCUUUGGUACCCCAAACUUUGAGUGACAGUCGAGUCCUCCAAGAGGAAGGGGAGGUGGAGGAAGAGGGUAGCAGUCUAGAGGAUUCCCCAAGACAGGAUUAGGAUACUGCACCAACCAUGAUUGGACCUGGCAGAAACAUUCUCACAGAUUAGGUUUGGAACUUCCAGAGAGAGCUAUGGUCCUGACAGGGUGGUCCUCCAAACAACAAGUAUGGACAUCUUUUUCUAUUAAUUUUUCAGCCUCCAAACUUCCUCGAGGGUGUUCAAUUUGAUGAACUGAUCCUGCAUCAUUCCAGCUUCGGUUUCUCCACGAGAGACGGACCAAACCGUUGCAAGGUCAAGGUACUGGUCCAAGUGGCGCAAAGCUGUUGAAGUGAACGUGUGAUUUAAUUUUGCCUUCCUGUCUGAUAUGUGAGCGUUAUAGAAAAGUAGUGUUUUUGUCUGGUUUUUAAGUUAGUGCCUGUACUUCUGCUUGGAGGAUGAGGUCGGGUCACUUGUUUGACCUUGAAACCCAGCCCCAGUCCACUUGGCAUUACAUUGCACUUGUAGCUCUAGUUGCGUUCUGUGAAAGUGAUGCUGAUGUCAUCGAUGUAGAUGAUGAAAAAGGAGUGAGCAAAAGCUCAAAACACAAUCAAGUGGAGAUGCUCUUCUUUGUUGGUACAGUAGGAGCACAGAUUAAAAACACUAACAAUUAAGACAAUAUAGACAUUCCAGUCGAACACGUAGCCUCUAUCACAAAAAAGUAAUUCCUGAAAGAAACUUAAAGAUUAUUUUGAUGUGUGUGUGAGCUAAAACUAGUUGGAAUGUCCUUAAGGCGCACUGUGCAAGUCCUCAAAAUACCAUAAAUACUGUGCAAGUCCUCAUAAUACCAUAAAUACUCGAUAGCCCGGGAGUUAAUUUACCCAAACCGUAAAUUGGAAGCGGGUGAUAAUUGGAAAGAGUCCGUUAAACAACCUAAAUAGUAAUUUGGAGUUCAUGAAAAAAUGUAAAGGGAAAUGUAGCUCUCUGACUACAUGGUCAUUUAUUAACAAGUAUGUUGCAGAACACUGCAUCAACACAACUGAUAUAACAGCGGUUAGGCGCAAAGUGCUCAGCCAGGAUUAAUAACACUGAUGAGUUGGUUAUAAAUAACAUAAGUAUGUCAAGUUUAAUACGAAUGCGUUUCACCAACAGCUGAGUCACAACAUUUUUUAGUGCAUGCAGAAGUAGCUGAAGCCUGGCUUGUGCAAAAUUCUGAAUAUGGAAUUUUAAUUCAAUUCAUUUGAAUAAUUUACAUUUCAACUGAAUUGGCUCCUCCCCAUAGGAUGUUGAAUCAGAAUUUGAAUUACAGAACGUUUAAAUAAUUUUGAGUUUUAAUUCAGUGAAAUUACUUAUAGCCAGGAUGAAUGUGUCACAUUUACAUUCUGUAAAUUUUGGCCUAAAUCCGAAAAAUAUUUUACAAACACGAAAAUUCAACACAAAUGAUUACUUCCCAGUCUUAUUUUCCAAAUCCCAGUAUAGAAAUUAUGUAUUUUUCCAGCAUUGUCCAAAAUUUGAAAGUUGUAAUGCAUCAAAUGAGAUAAUCUGAAUAAUAGAAGAUGCUUUUAUUCUUGUCAAUGAAAAACAUUUUGUUGUUGAAAUAUAAUUGGUACGUAAGGUAAAAAUAAAUGUGUAUUAUGUGUCUGAAUUAGCUAAAUUGACUUUAUAAUGUGUAAAUGAGGUUCAUAGUAUUAGUAUGUCUAUAAAAUAUGUAAAAUGGACUGUAAAGCUUGAUUUUGGAGUACACCAAAAAUAUAAAUUGUUAUUUCGGUUUUACUUACUGCUUACAUGCAACAUCCAUUCAAAUUCAUAGAAUUUAAUUUGAAUUUGGAAGACUUUCUUAAUACAAUUUGGAAUUUUGCUAAAGCCUGGAUAAUGCUAAACUACUCAUGAAACUUCAAAUGCAGCUACUGUGAGGAAAUAAAAAGCUUGCCUACCGCUACAAAUGUCAUUGAUAAUGAUGAUAUUGCUCUUCUCUAAUCAUCGACCAUUUUGCAGACUACGAGACUGAAUUGAACAGAGGUAUUAAUUGGAGCACUUACGGUAGACAAUUACUCGACCAAAUCUUUGUUUUCUUCUUCUCGUUUUUUAUUCAUGAUUGACGUUGUUUUCAGACGCCUUGCUUUGCAAUAGCCGCACGACCUCAUCCAAACGUGUCGUCCAACCCUGGGAACUGGUUGUAAAAGAGUGUUUAAAUACAGUACAUGUUUUGGUUUCGUUUUUCCGUGGGAAUGUAAGGCUGCAUCUCUUGAGUCUCCUCAGCAAAGAGUGUCAAAGCCACCGUGCCUUCUGUUUCAAGCACUUCCUGGUGUUUUUUGUAUAACUCACCAAAAGCCGAUAGCGACACGCUUCUUCCUGUCUGUCCUUCCGUCGCCCCUCACCCCCCUUAAGUACAGACCUUAAACAGGGUCACUAGGCCCAACAUGUAUUGACCAAAGCCCGAGUCAAAGACUAAUGGGUAUAUUUAAUCUCUUAAAUUGCCAAAAUCUGUCCGACGUGACACUAAAGCUCAAUGAAGACUAAUAAUCCCUUCUUCCAUCUUGCUCGUCCCUUGUGUUCCUGGUUGUCCAUAAACUGAAGGUGACGUAUCUGCUACCGAGGCCUUUAUUAUUAUUAUAAGAGAUACAUCUUUGUGUGUGUGUGUGUGUGUGUGUGUGUGUGUGUGUGUGUGUGUGUGUGUGUGUGUGUGUGUGUGUGUGUGUGUGUGUGUGUGUGUGUGUGUGUGUGUGUGUGUGUGUGUGUGUGUGUGUGUGUGUGUGUGUGUGUGUGUGUGUGUGUAAGUGGGGAAACAUUCUUUCCAUAAUGAUUAUUGAAUUAUUGUUUCAGCGUCGAAAAUAAGGUUAAAAGAAAAUUUACAAGAAAUGUCUUGUUGAAUGUUGUACAGAUAGAGCUUAGAGGUGUCGUCCGUUGUGUUGUUUUUCUUUCAAAUGAGAGCACAAACCUGAGUGCUGGUCCUUUUGGCUCCUCCCACCGGCAUUUGGGAUUAAAAUAAGACUGCCAAUCAUCCCCCCAAACCAGAGCACAAUUCAAAACAAUAAUGUUUUGAAUGUACCGUAUGUGAAAUGCCCUGUGCCUCAAACGCAUGGUCCCAAAUUUCUAAUCCAAUUUUUGGACACCAUGAAUAUUUGUUGCACUUUAUCUCCUGCCUGUCAAUCAAUCAAUCAAUCAAUCAAUGAGGGUAAAGUAACGUUGAGGAGGCGAGUGGGCCAUGCCAGGUUUGGGCUCUUGUGUAGUUGACUGCCAUUGCAGUGAGGAUCAAAGUGAUCUAACACAGUAGUGACUAAUAUGAAUUUGUGGACAGAUGAAAAAAGAAUACAUUAGAAAUAAAGAUAAAUAUUA